AUGACAAUACAAUACAACGUUACCGCUGACUCAUCCGUGACGCGCUCAAACAUUCUUCGACUCUGGACUAUUCCGACUCUCUUUGCUUCAUCUGGUCCCAUUCAGUUUAUUCCUUCGUUUUGGGGCAUAUUCGCUGUCAAUAUGGACUCGGAGCAUGGCUCGCAGCCCCCGCGGGAGGAGCCCGUCAACUCCAUCGAGCAGGACGGGUCAAUCAGCCCCGAGCUAUGGAAAGUGAUGAUGAACCUGGUCAUGGCAAUUUAUGACUAUCGCGAAGAAGAUGGCCAUGACCCGUCACGACUGUUUCAUCGCAGCGUCAACAAGCGCUACGUUCCCGACUACUAUGAGAUCAUCAAGGAGCCGAUGGCGCUGAGCAUUUUGAAGGCGCGCAUCAACAAGCGAGAGUACAAGCAAUUUUCGGAGUUUGUGCGCGAUUGCGCUCUGGAGGUUUUUGCCGCCGAGUUCAGGAAGUUAGCUGCGCAGGGUGUGAUCCCCGCAGAGGAGGCAGAGCUUCCCGACUUAGGAGAGAUUCCCGAGGCCGAUCCGUUACCCGAUGAUGACGAGGAAGAGGAGGAAGAAGAGGAGGAUGAGGAUGACGACUCCGAAGAUGAGGGACGACGCAGGAAGAAGCCUGGCCCCAAGCCUGGCUUCAAGCGUGGAAUGGCCCCAAAGAACGAACCUGAUCUGCGUAGGAAGCGCGGACGCCCACCCCGCGUGGACACACCCAUGGAAACCCGCAUCAAAACGAUCCUCAAAGGAAUCCGCAAGUUCAAGGGCGCCGGCGGCCACUUGAAGAUCACCCACUUUGAACGACUCCCCGACAAGGCGGCUUACCCGGACUAUUACAUGGAGAUCAAGGAGCCCAUCGCUAUCGACAUUAUCAAGCGCAAGUCUAAGCGCAAGAAGUACGCCUCUGUCGACCAUUUCAUGCGCGAUCUCGACCUGAUGUUUGAGAACGCAAAGGCUUACAACCAGUCCGAUAGCCAAAUUUUCAAGGACGCCGUCGACCUGCAGACGGAGUCCCGAAAAUUGGCCGAUGCGGAGAAGAAGAAGCCUGACAGUGAGUUCCUGAUGGAAGAUGGGCGCUUCCCACUCCCCGAUGGUAUCCUUCAUCGUGGCGAGCUAUGGAAGGUUGGCGACUGGGUCCACAUUCAGAAUCAAAACGAUGUGACCAAGCCGAUUGUUGCUCAGAUCUACCGGACCUGGCAAGACUCGGAUGGCGAGAAAUGGAUCAAUGCAUGCUGGUACUACCGACCUGAACAAACCGUGCACCACUUCGAAAAGCACUUCUAUCCCAACGAGGUCGUCAAGACCGGCCAAUAUCGAGACCAUCGGAUUGAUGAAAUUGUGGACCGUUGCUUCGUCAUGUUCUUCACUCGCUACAGCCGGGGUCGUCCCCGAGAUCUGGCGCCUGACAAAGAGAUCUAUGUGUGCGAGGCACGAUACAACGAGGAGAAACACAAACUCAACAAGAUCAAGACUUGGGCCAGUUGCUUACCAGACGAAGUCCGAGAGAAGGACUAUGAAAUGGACCUGUUUGAUGUUCCCCGAAAAAUCAAAAAGAUCCCAACCCCGAUCAAAGAUCUACUCAAAGAAGACUCCAAGGAAACCGAUGAUCUCCCCCGGCCAACAUGGGGAGCCGACAACGCACCCCCUGUCGUUGGCGCCGUUCACCGCCGGCCCCGAGAUGAGAAUGAAUCCCCACCCCCUGAACCCACACCAUCUCCACCCCCUCCAUCCCUACCCCAGUCUGUAUUACCCCGUCAGUCAAUGGGCCAGCCACUCCCCCUCACAGCCAUGAGCCCUGGCACAGCUACUCUCCAAGCCCGAUCCCCUGCAGCCCCAAUCGCUAUUCAAACAUCCCCCGUCCCAUCUUCACCAGCCUUCCAACCCCAAAUGAGCCAGGCUCAACUGUAUCAAGCCUCGCUGCAAAGACGUGCAAGCAACUUUGCCACUCCACAGACACCAGGCGCCUACCAGCCCGCCCCAGUGCAGCAACCUCCUUACAACGGAUACCCGGGCCCUCGUAUGCAAGCUCCACCAGCAGUAUACAACCCCAAUGCCCCGCGCCCCAUCGAAGUCUUCCAUCUAAGUGAUGCAGCCAACGCUACCAUUCCAGAAGACGUCCGCCGCAACUUCCACUGCGAUGACCAAGGUCGUCUGCUGUUCUUCUCCACCCCGCCUGUGGACUACAUCCCCUCUUCCACACAAAGGCUGGGCCAUUCCCUGAAGUACCUAGCCGCCAAGGAGAGUCAUCAAGUGAAAGUGGAAGACCGCAAACGCAAACUGGCAGAAGAGAAAGAAGAGCGUGAGGGUGAUGCCAAGCGUCGUCGGGCUGACCUAGAAACGGCUCUUGGCCAGCGUGUCGAUGGACUCACUGGGAAGGCUCUAGAGACUUUUGUUUCCACGAUUCUUGCUGGCACUGAAGAAUUAAGUGGCCACCUUCGCAAAGGUCAGCAGCAUGGGAUCGAUGUUGGGGCCAUGCAUCAGCGUGGUCUCUUGGACGAUCGUGCCAAGGUACAGACUCAACAGAUUCAGGACCAAUCGAGGACUGAAGGCUUGGUCAAUCUCAAAGGUACUGCUGUAUACUUGGAUGAGGUUUAG